AUGCUCAACCUCCAGGCGUACACCGACUACACUCUCAGUGUCAUAUCCGUCAUCCACGGAGGCAGGAGCCAGCCUUCCCUCCUUUCAGUAGCAAAGACAGUGGUUGCAGCACCAGAGCUCAACUCCACCUCACCCAGCAAUGACACCAUUGUGGUGGGGUGGGAGCCAGUGGUCCAUGCUGUCCUGUACACAAUCAGCAUCAUCAUGGAGGGCUCAGAAAGCAGGGUGAAGCUCAACUCCACCGACACCAGCGUCACCUUCCCUGGUCUGGAGGCUGGGACUACUGCAUCAAGGGCAACUCCCGGGACCCUGAGAACAGACAGGGAGACAACUUCACUGUCUGCCAGAUCACACUCCAACAACACCUGCACCCCUCCCCUCAGGGGCAACACCUGUUACGUGCUGGAGAUCAUGUGUGGAGACAUCUACAAAUUAGUGCUGGCCCCUCUCACCCAGGACGGAGCCAUAGUCCAGUUCUGCCCACAGAGGAUGUACUCAGCAUUAAGUGCUGUGAUGUCCAUAUCCGUGGAGUACAGCUGUACCAGUGGCACAGCCAUGGUGUCCUGGGCCAGAGUGUUCGGAGCAGACUCGUACAGAGCAGUUGCUACCGGCAGCGGCAGGACCGUCCUAUCCUGCACCUCUCAGGGCACAGAGUGCCAGAUCACAGGGGUGGGCUGCGGAGAUGACUACAUGGUGCAGGUCACCGCUGUGUCCAAGAGCUGUGAGAGCAAAGUAAACGCCACCUCACACUUUGCCACAGGUAAGGACACUGAGACCAAGGAGGCAUACUUUUGGACAGUCCCCUGUCCUCCAAAGAAUCUCAACCUGUACCGUGAGUGUUCCAGCAACGUGAUCAUCUUCUCCUGGGCUGCCACCAACAACACGGCUCACUACAGGGCCAAGGCCGUGGACUCAGAGGGAGAAAACAUGGACUGUAUGACCUUAGACACUUCCUGUUUCUUCACCAACACUGUGUGUGGCCGUCACUACACCUUCACUGUCUACUCUGUCAGUAGUGGGUGCAACAGCCAGGCCAGCCCACCAGUAGCAGUCCGCACCGCCGACUGCCGGUCUGAUGUCCUGACCAGCACAUGGGACCGUGCUGAGGGGGCUCUGGCCUACACGGUUGAGGCAUGGGGAAACAAGGAUGAAAGCAACCGCUACAACUGCAGCUCCUUCACCAACACCUGUGCCAUACCCUCGGUGCAUUGUGGGGAGAGUUUAACCAUGUACAUCACAGCUUUCGAUGACAACUGCCCCAGCUACAGGACUCUGGGACGGGUGGCUGAGACAGUUCCCUGCGUUCCUCAGAACGUUUCAGCAGCAAUGUACUGUGGAUCCGACUCCAUCACUCUGAACUGGCAGGUUUCCUACGGCUCUCUGUUCUACAUCGCCACAGCAAUGGAUGACGCUGGCGUGGUUCACACUUGUAACUCCAUGGAUACCAAGUGUCAGAUCAAGGGCCUCCGCUGCAGCUCCACCUACAACGCCUUCGUCACCGCAACCAACCUCAAGUGCAACAGCUCCGACAGCGAGAUAGUCACCAUAGAGACAGCCCCCUGCCUUCCGGACCACAUUGAGGCCUUCCUCGACUGUGCGACGAACCACGCUCUGAUUGUCUGGCAGGGCCAUCACAGUAUACUCUCCUACACAGCCGCCAUUGAGGACACGGAGGGAGGCCUUCUCAGCUGCAGCACCACAGGGAACAACUGCACUGUCCCCAGCCUGAAGUGUGGCCAGCUCUACUCUGUCUCCGUCAUGCACCACGACGGCAUCUGCCCCAGCAUACCCUCCCAGGCCAUCACCAUGGAGUCAGUCCCAUGCGGUCCUGCCAACGUACAAACUGAGAUGGAUUGUGGGUCUGGAAAGCUGACGGUGAGCUGGGACACGUCGCUGCGUGCGUUAGGUUACACCACCAUCAUCUCCCACGGCAACAGAGAGCAGGUGACCUGUAACUCCACGGCAACCAGCUGUAGCGUGGACACACUGGACUGUGGAGAGGAGUAUGUUGUGGAGGUUAUGUCUGUUAACAGAUCCUGCCUCUCUAUGCCCAGUCAGGCCAUGGUCAUCAGGGAAGUGCCCUGUGUGCCCACUAACGUGACAGCGCACCGUACCUGUGGAGAGAGCCCUGUAGCCGUCACCUGGGACGCCAGCCGUGGGGCCAAGAGCUACACUGCCAUCGCCAUGGGCAACAGCGGCCACCGUACGGAGUGCACGUCCAACGACACCACCUGUAGUCUGGAGGAUCUGCUGUGUGGUCAGACGUAUAGCCUCAGUGUAUUGGCUAUGGACGACGCCUGCUCCAGCACGGAGAGCAGCAUGGUCACCCUACAGACAGUGCCUUGUCCUCCCACCCACGUCUCCAGCUGGGUGGACUGUGGCAGUAACACAGCCUCCCUCUCCUGGGAUGCCAGCCCCAACGCCAUCUCCUACUCUGGCAGUGCGGUGGGCACAGAUGGGCACAGUGUGAGUUGUGGCGCUGCCACCCCAGGGUGCCAGAUGGCUGGGCUGCACUGUGGUCAGGAGUAUGUCUUCACUGUGUCUGCCUCUGAUGGUAGCUGUGAGAGCCCCGAGAGUAACACGUUCACACAGGAGACAGCCCCCUGUGCCCCCCAGAGUGUAGUGAACAGUCUGUUCUGCAGGACAAACACUCUGAGCGUCAGCUGGGCCCCUGCAGCUAUCGCCCUGAACAACAGCGUCACCGCAAUGGCUGGAGAUGGUACUGCACUCUCCUGCACAACAGAGGGCUCCACCUGCGAGCUGGACGGGCUACAUGUGCAUGGGGUUGUGGGCUGUGCCUCUAACACCCUGCAGGCCUCUUGGGAUGCCACGGAUGGGGCUCACGCUUACAUUUCCACAGUGACUGGGCCAGACAGUUACACCUCGACGUGCUCUACCGCCAACCUGACCUGUUUCUUCACUGGCCUGGAGUGUGCCAAGGAGUACAGCGUUAGUGUGGUUGCCAAAGACGACCAGUGCAACAGCUCUGUUAGCGUUGAUGUCUCAGUGGCAACAGCCCCAUGUGACCCAGAAAACGUGGCUUCCCUGCUGCAGUGCAGCUCAGGCGUGGUGACGGUGUCCUGGGAGGCCAGUGCUGGAGCCACUGGAUACACUGCCUCGGCACAGGAGGACGGAGAGACACACUUUACUUCCUGCAGCACCACAGGCACUUCCUGUGAUCUUACCCAGCUGGAGUGUGGAGAGAUUUACACCGUGACAGUUGUGGCCAGGGACGGAAUCUGCAACAGCACAUUGCUGGCAACAACCACCAUCGAGACAGUCCCCUGUCCACCCACCAUCAAGGACCACUCCCUGGAUUGUGCCUCAAACCAGGCCUACAUCUCCUGGGUUGAAGAUGACGAUGCUGUGGGCUUCUUCAUCAACGCCAGCUCUGCCCUGGGUCACACCCCCUUCUGCAGCUCCACCAACACCUCCUGUCUCCUUGACGACCUGCUUUGCGGACAGACCUACACUGUGCAUGCCAUCGCCCAGGGAGACCAGUGCAACAGUGAGCCCAGCGAGUCGUUCGAGAUCGUCACAGCCCCUUGCACCCCAGCCAACGUCCGGUCCCAGUACGAAUGUGGUACGAGUAUAGCUCUGCUGAGCUGGGACGAGACUCUGGGGCGUGAUAGCUUCAUCGCCCGUGUAGAGUCUGUUGACCACAGUGACUCCUGCAGUACGACUGAGACCCAAUGCUCUUUGACCACGCUCAUGUGUGGUCAUCUCUACAAUGUGACCGUGGAUGCUUUGGCCGGACACUGCAACAGCAGCCAGUCAGCUGCCACACAGAUACUAACAGCGCGCUGUGCUCCGCAGAAUGUCAGUGCCAGUCUGCUGUGUGGAAACAACACCGUGGCUGUGACCUGGCUGGCCAGCUCUGGUGCUGUGGGCUACAAUGUGAUCGCCCUUGGUCGCGACGGCGACGCCAAAACCUGCACCACAGAUGACACCAGCUGUGAUCUGCCGAACAUGCACUGCGCUCAGACCUAUGAAAUCACUAUCACCCCCUUCUCUGAGACGUGUAAAGGCUUUCAGAGCACUGCCUUCACCUUCAUUGCAGGUCCCUGUCCCCCCACCGAGGUCCAGACCUCUCUGCAGUGCGAGAGUAAUGUGGGUUCUGUGUCCUGGGUAGCUGCCCCCACCUCCAAGAUGUACAUUGCAACAGCGACCGACCAGGACGGCCACGCCCACACCUGCAUCACCAAUGGGACGGCGGGCUGCUCCUUCAUUGACCUGAAAUGCGGCGAGACCUACAACGUCUCAGUGGUAACCAUGGAGAGGGGAUGCCAGAGCGAGCCCAGCGCACCAGUCACCCUCAAAGCAUCCAUCUGUCCUCCUACGAGCCUGGCUGGAGUGACGGCCUGUGGUACCAACGACCUGACUAUCACCUGGGACCAGAACCCAGAGACCGGUGUCACCUAUUUCCUGUAUUCCCAGAAAGAGGGCGGAGCUAACACCAGCUACUCCACCGUAGACACGUCCUAUGUGAUCUCAGGGCUACAGUGUGGAGAACACUACAGCUUCAGGGUCACGGCCAAGGACUCUGUCUGCACCAGCAGCCUAAGCUCAACCAUGGAGAUGGACACAGCUCCUUGCCCGCCCACCAACCUAACUGCCCAGGCAAACUGUAGCACCAAUGGGGGCACCAUCACCUGGGACUUGAGUGCAGGAGGCGUCACCUACACCGCCACGGUAACCGGUACCACCCACAGCUUCACAGCCUUCUGUACUUCCAACGCCACUUCCUGUUCUGUGAAGCUGGACUGUGGACAUCCUUACUCAGCCUCCGUGGUUGCCUCCACUGGGACCUGCAACAGUACCAUGGACACCAUCCAGUUCGACUCAGCCCCCUGUCUACCUGGCAAUGUAGCAGCAGCCCUGGACUGCAGUGCCAACACAUUUGCAGUGCAGUGGUCAGAGAGUGAGGGGCACCGCAACUCCUACACAGCCCUGGCCAUCGGCAGUGACGGGUCUAAUCUCAGCUGUGGCACCAGCUCUACAAAGUGCACCAUCAACAGCCUGGCCUGUGGCAUCACAUACAGCAUCGCUGUCAGCACCGCCAACGUCAACUGUGCCACUAUCGAGGGAUCAGACUACCGUAUCCAGUCAGCUCCCUGUAAACCAGAAAGCCCUGCGGUGAGCCUGGAGUGCAGUACUAACGUAGCCGAGGUGACGUGGGACAACGCUGGACCUGACCAAAUCCACAUGGUGUCAGCGGUGGACUGGCAGGGAGUGAAGAGCUCCUGUAACAGCACUGGCUCCAACUGCACCUUCAGCUCUCUGAGCUGUGGAAAGGCCUAUACAGUCACUGUACAGGGCCUCACUGACACCUGCAAGAGCACACUCAGCACCAGCAUGAACCUGCUCACAGCCCCCUGCGUCCCCACCCACUUGACAGCCGUUGUGGACUGUGAAGCCGGCAUCACGUCUGUAACCUGGGACUCAGCCCGUGGUGCCACCGGCUACACAGUACAUGCAGAAGGCAGUGGUGGGCACAAUGCCACCUGUACCAGCUCAGACACCAACUGUGCUUUCCUUGAUCUGGUGUGUGGACAGGACUACACUAUGGUGGUGCUGGCUAACCACGACAGCUGUGUCAGCCUGGCCAGUGAGUCCAUCACCACUACCACUUUACCCUGCCGCCACACUGGCCUGCAGGCCUACCUGAACUGCAGUACCAACACAGCUCAGAUCUCCUGGACGCCUGGUAACGGCACUCUGAUCUACAAAGCCUUGGCCGAGGGCUUUGACAUCAAACACCAGCUCACCUGCUCCAGCCCCGGCUCCGGCUGCAAUAUCAGCAAGCUGCAGUGUGGAGAGAGGUACAGGGUCAGUGUCAGGGGAGAGGGGCGCACCUGCCCCAGUCCCGCCCGCGACUGGGUCGUAGUCAACACAGCUCCCUGCCCCCCUACGGCCCUCAGCGUUCAGUCCUCUUGCAGCUCUGACAACAUCUCUGUCUCCUGGGCGGCAUCACAUGGUUCCAUCUCCUACACGGCUAUCGCCGUGAGCAACGAGGGCCACUGGUUGUCAUGUAACACCAGCACAACAGCAUGUGAUAUCUCAGGACUGUUGUGUGGACAGAAGUACCAAGUCUACGCUGCUGGAGUGGAUAACAGCUGUGUAGGAGCCAAAAGCAACAUGUACAUUGUCGAUACUGCUCCCUGUGUUCCCACGGACGUGCAGAAUGCCCUGGACUGCUUAUCAGGUGUCCUCACUAUCACCUGGCAACAGAGCGGCUACACCCCCAACCACUACCACGCCGAACUGACGAGCAGCGAGGGUUUGCUGACCGUGUGCGACACGAAUGUGACCACCUGUGUGGUUUCCAGAAUGCAGUGCGGUCUGACCUACAGUGUUGUGGUGGUGGCUCACGACGAUGUGUGCAACAGCUCCUACAGCCCCGCACAGCAGGUCACAGCAGCUCCCUGCCCUCCAGAUGCAGUCAGUGCCGUGGUGGACUGUGCCACCAACGUUGUCACGGUAACCUGGGAAAACAGCGUUGCCGAGGUGCUGUACACAGUUACUGCUGAAUGUCCCAGUGGUCAGCACUAUACCUGCAACGUCACAGGAAUGGGCUGUGACCUCAGCACCCUGUCAUGUGGCACAGAGUACAAUGUGACUGUCACCCCGUCACAUGGCGGCUGUGUCGGUGUCAACACACCGUCUCAGCUGGUCAAGACAGUGCCCUGCGUACCCCGCGUCACCGAGGUAGAGAUGGACUGUCUAUCAGAUUCCGCCUGGGUGGUAUGGGAGGAGUCAGCGGGUUCCGAGCUUUACGUUGCCGUGGCGACGGACAGCCAGGGGCAGACGUUUGAGUGUAACUCAACCAACAGUAACACGUGCGCUGUGCCAGACCUGCACUGCGGACUUCACUUUACCUUUACCCUCACCGCCUUAGACCAACAGUGCUCCAGCGCACCUAGCAACGCUGUGGUGUCCGAGACAGCCCCUUGCCCUCCCCAAGACACGCAGACCAAGGUGGGUUGUGAGAACCAUACGGUGAGUGUGUCCUGGACCCCCAGCGUGGGAGCUCUGAUGUACACGGCCACCCUGGAGCGCACAGACGGAGAGACCACCUUCUGUACCACCGAUGGGACAGGAUGUGACAUCACACAGCUGCCCUGCGGAGAGACGUACGUCCUGGUGGUAACAGCUGAGGGACGCACCUGUAACACCUCGGAGAGCAUGGGGACUAUUGUCAGAACAGUACCCUGCACACCCCAGCGUCUGCAGGCCAAUUUGAGCUGCAGCAGCAAUGUGGCCAAUAUGAUGUGGAACACCAGCCGUGGGGGUCAGCUCUACUCUGUAGAGGCUACCGGAACCGACGGACACGUUGCAGGAUGCAUGUCCCAUGAGACCCGCUGUGAUCUCACCGGCCUGCACUGCGGCCAGCACUACACCGCCACCAUGGUGGCACGAGACAGUGACUGCACCAGCCCUGUGAGUGACACUGUGGAGCUCAGGACAGCACCCUGCAUUCCUGCCACUGUGUCCACUGUGAUGGACUGUACAGCCAACGCCAUGCACGUGUCGUGGUCUAAGAGCUCGGGGGCUGAGUCCUACAUAGCAACCCUGCAGGACAGCGACGGAAGCUCCACCACCUGUCAAGCCCUGAGUGGAGCAGCCUCCUGUAACGUCACCACACUCAGCUGUGGUCAGAUCUACCAUGUCACUGUAGCUGCCUCCGACGGAUCAUGCAGCAGCCCAUCUACUGAUGUCACCGACACCCACGCAGGCAAAGCACUGAAAAACUGA